AAUGAAGGGUUUUAAAUGUCAUGUCUCUUUGCAGUACCCACAACCCCGGCUCCCGUGGAUGAUGUAGACAUUUACCUAGAGACCCCAGCAGAUGACAACGAGCAUGCGCGCUUCCAAAAAGCAAAGGAACAGCUGGAGGUCAGACACCGCAACCGCAUGGACAGGGCCAAAAAAGAAUGGGAGGACGCAGAGCGCCAGGCGAAGAACCUGCCAAAAGCUGAGAAGCAGACACUAAUGCAGCACUAUCAGGCCACUGUGAAGGCUUUGGAGAAGGAAGCUGCCCAUGAGAAGCAGCAGCUGGUGGAGACUCAUCUGGAGAGGGUGGAGGCCAUGCUGAAUGACAAACGCCGCGUUGCUCUGGAGAACUAUCUGUCUGCUCUGCAGGCUGACUCCCCUCGUCCUCAUCGCAUUCUUCAAGCACUAAAGCGAUAUGUGCGGGCAGAGAACAAGGACAGACUGCACACCAUUCGGCACUAUCAGCAUGUUCUGACCGUGGACCCUGAGAAAGCUGCCCAGAUGAAAUCCCAGGUUAUGACCCAUCUCCGUGUGAUUGAGGAACGUAUGAACCAGAGCCUGUCUCUCCUCUACAAAGUCCCAUACGUAGCCGAUCAGAUUCAAGAUGAAAUAGAUGAGUUAUUCCAGGAGCAGCGCUGGGACAUGGACCAGUUCACCUCCUCUUUCUCAGAGUCCCAGGGAGAUGUGCGGGUCAGCUCAGAGGAGAGCGACGAGACUUUAGUAAGAGAAGGCAAACCCUUCCGGCCUAUUCAGGUCAAUACAUUCCCAGCAAUCUCAGAAUCUGAAGAAUCAUCACGGGACUCCUACCUUCCAGUGAGAAAAGGCUCUGGCAUGGCCGACAAGCCCCUCAUCGGUGCCGAGGAGAAGAUCCUGAACAGUAAAGCUGAUAAGAAAGUGGUCAUUGAUGAGACCCUGGAUGUGAAGGAAAUGAUUUUCAAUGCAGAAAGAGUCAGUGGACUUGUGGAUGAGCCGGACACAGACGGAUCUCUCCGCAAUGAGUUCAGUUUCAGCAGCGGCACAUUAAUCGGCCUCCUGGUCAUCGCUGUGGCUAUUGCCACCAUCAUUGUAAUCAGUCUUGUCUUGCUGAGAAAGAGGCAGUAUGGCACCAUCAGUCACGGGAUUGUGGAGGUGGAUCCCAUGUUAACCCCUGAGGAACGUCACCUGAACAAGAUGCAGAAUCAUGGCUAUGAGAACCCCACCUACAAAUACCUGGAGCAGAUGCAGAUCUAAGAGCUAGAGGCUGGGAAUGGGUGGGGGGAGGGGUCUACAUAAGCCUGGGUUGGAUAUGUAGUUGGAAAUGGGGCCAAAGAUACUGGGCGGGCAUUGAUUUGGGUUUCACUGCUGACCAAUGUUGAAGAGAGAGUUAGUCCAUUACCCUGGGCUCUCGUGGACUCUGAUCACUUCUGAGAUUUUUAUUUUCCAUUCUUUUAAACGGGUGACAGGAUAGGGUUAAUACAGAGUCUUCACUGAAUAUUUUAUCUUUGUGGUAUUUUUUGUUUUUGAGUCAGAUGCCAUCACUGUGUGAGUCUCCUGCAUACAAUAUACAUAGAUAUAAAUAUAUAUAUAUGGAUGGGACCUGUCAUUUCCAUGGGUCUCAAUAGGAUGCUUAUUGCCUCUUUCAGUUUGCCUAUUUAAGAGACAAAAAUUUCUUUAAAAUGUAAAAAUUAAAUUAAAAAAACUAAUCAAAUCUAGAAAGACUCGAACAAUCAGGACAGGAACAGUGGAUGUCGCUGUAGGUUUUAUUUUUGGAUGGAUGGCACUUUUUGGAAGUGAUGGCAGGAAGGGGUAACCUGUGCUGAUUCGGCAGCGGCGGAAGCACAGCACCCAGGCUGUGCUGAAAAUCCAUGCUGAUUCUUGUAAUACAACCGCUAAUGUAACUCCAACGCUAAUAUUGCCAACCCUUGUUCUAUAGAGGUGAAAAUAGAAGGGAGGUAGGGGGAAUCAGGGCUACCUUAAAAUGGCGAUUCCUCCCCCUCCCCAUCCCAUAAAAUUUUUAAAAAAAAAUCCAGACUGGAGGAUGAUGAGAUCCUGCAGACUUUGUACUACUGAUCUGUAUUCUGAGCCAGUGCGCCACCACCGCCGCGGUGAUACUCUGGUUUUGUUCUUGUCCUCGUUACCAGUAAAGUAGAUUGUUUCAUUCCCGGGAUUCAGUUUGGGAUUGCUCACCACAUUGGAACUGCUGCACUUUAUUAAAUCCACCCCCUUCCUAUGUAUAAACUUUAUUGGUAAUCAGAACAAGAUGGCAGAACAUUUGCAUGUGGUGAAGGCGUGGACUGGUGCCAGAUCCAGCAUUAAGGUUUUGGGUCCAGAGUCGUUAAUUCACUGUGUGUCAGAGCGGGGCGACCGGCAGCUCCUUGCCCUUCGCCCUGUUGUGUGCCGCAGCUUCCCCUCCCACCUUGUGUCUUUUUGGCUUGUAAUCAGCACAUCAUCUCAGAGUCUAAGGUUCUGGUAACCUGUUGUGUCUUUACCCCCCUGCUCUUGUUUUACUGUGUUUUU